GACUGUCUCAGAGCCAGCAGCAGCCAUUGUACUGUGUCAGGGCAGCUCCCACAGAACGAACCGUGUUUUCAGACCAUUUUCUAUUGAAAAGUUUAUAGAAGAGAGCAAAAAUUAUGCUGAAUACAUCUGGCGACCUGGUGUACAGUGGAACCAUGUCCAAGCAACAGGGAGAUUUCUAACAGCUUACAGAUGUCACUGACAGAAAACAAGUCCAUUCUUACACAUUGCUCAGCAGCACCAGGAUGGAAGGGAGAAGAGGAGAUGGAGAACCCUGUGUCAACAUUGAAGCUCCUGCUGAUCAGGCAGCCCAAGGGGAUGACCCAAGGAUGCCAAGGGAGCUGAGGCUUGUCCUUGUAGGGAAGACAGGAAGUGGGAAGAGUGCAACUGGAAAUAGCAUCCUUGGCAAGAAAGCCUUUACAUCUAAACUCAGUUCCAGGCCAGUAACUGAGAGCUGCCAAAGAGAGAGCAGAGAAUGGCAUGGAAGAAGGCUUGUUGUCAUUGACACCCCAGAUAUCUUUUCCUCCAAUGCCCAACCAAAUAAAGAUCUGGAGAUCUGUCGCUGUAUGGCCCUCUCUUCCCCAGGGCCUCAUGCCCUACUCUUGGUGAUCCAGUUGGGCCGUUAUACCAAUGAGGACAAGGAGGCCCUCAGGCGCAUCCAGGAGAUAUUUGGAGUCGGGAUCCUGUCCCACACCAUCCUUGUCUUCACCAGGAAAGAAGAUUUAGGGAAGGAAACCCUGAAGGAAUACUUAAAAGAAACAGAGAACAAAAGCUUGGCCUGGCUGGGUGUGGUGUGUGAAAGAUUUCACUGUGGUUUCAACAACAAAAUUGAAGGGGAGGGACAGGAGACCCAACUAAAGGAACUGAUGAAGAUGAUAGAAGGGGUUCUCUGGGAAAAUGACUUCAGCUACUACUCAAAUGAGGUAUAUGACUAUAUCCAGGAAAAUAUUCAGCAGUUAAGAGAGGAACUGGGAGAAGAGCCAAUAUGCCAGGAACAGGGUUCUAAGGGAGCUUUCUGUAAGGGGAAUAUGGCAUCAAAGAAGUCCCAUCAGAUCUGCUUUGCCCUAGAGAAUCUGAGGAUCAUUCAGAGGACCUAUGAGCAGCGUCAACAAUCGGUGCUGAUGAAGGAGUCAAAGACUCCUUGGGUGGAUGACAACCCAUAUUGGGUCACUCGCUGUGCAAGUUUGCCUAUUGGGUUCACCAGGAAUCUUUUCUUCUCUCCACCCAUGGAUGUUCCCCAGUUGGUUAGACCCAGGCCCUCUGAUAGAGAGGAAAGAACCCAGAGCUAGGAAUCAGAGUAGAAGGAAGGUCAAGGAGCUGUCACAAGCCAGAGUAUCAUUGAUGGCAAGUAACCUAGAAUAAACAACCCCAUCCCAAGACAUGUAUAAGGCUAUUAUACUUUUCCGUGAACUUUUCCACCCAUAAUCUUACCUGAUUCUUUUCACAACCCUACAGGUGAGGCAGGAUCAAAGGAUUCACAGGUAGAGAGCGAUAUUAGGCAUCAUUUAAUCUAAUCUCUUCAUUUUUCAGAAUAGAAUCUGAAACACCCAACUGCCAAUCCUACUCUGCCACUUUUCUAAUUCUAUUGCUUGAACAAAUCACUUCAUCUGGUCCACUUUAUAGCUGAGGGAACUGAGGAAGGCAGAGGUUAAGUGAUUUGCCCAGAGUCAAACAGUUAGUCAGUGUCUGAGGCCAGAUUUGAACUGUACCUGGCUGCCUUUGCAUAUCUUAUUUGCAUAAGGUGCUAGGUGCUGGUCUAAAUCUCAUUUCUUCCAUACUAUUAUCCAUUUUUUCCAACAGCUUUUGUCAAAUAAUGAAUCUUUUUCCUACUACAGAUCUCUAUGUUCUAAAUUUUUAUUGAUAUCCUUAUGAAUGAUGAAAGUAGGACUGGCCUUAAAUUAAUAAAGACAGAUAAUAAUAAAUAACUGCAUAAUGUGAGCUAAUGACCACUGAUAAAAGUUGCCUCCUCAUCAGAAACAUUUCCUUCACUGGCCAGCCACUGUGAUUCAAGUUCAUACCAUUAGAUGUUGAUUCUUUUGGGCAAAAGUUUUGAUACCUGGUAAAAAUGAAAAUGCUCCAAAGAAGGGUGGUAACACAGUAAGGUAAAAUCCUAACCAUACUUUGAGAAUCAGUUCAAACAUCCCCUCCAUCAUGAUAUCUUCCUUGAUUUUGCCAGGCAGAAUUAUCUCUUCAGACUCUGAACUUUGCUGCUGGUAUUUUGUUAUUAAAUAUCUAAUGAACUAUCAUAUUCCAUUAUGUACCAGUUAUGUAUGCUCAUAUUUUAUCUUACCUGCUAAAUCGUAAGCUCCAUGAAGGCAAGUAUUUUUUCUAACUUUGGAUUUCACAAAGCCUUGAAGUAGAACUUUGUGAAUUGAAUUUGUUCAAAUGAAUACAUGAAUCAACCAAUAAAUAAAUAGUUAACACCUUAGCAAAGAUUAAUUUGACAGGUCAACAGAGAAAACACAGAGCAGUACCUUAAGGGGAAGAAAUCUAGGACAGGUAAGAGUCGAUGGAAGGAGGUGUUGUAAUAAAUAGAUAAAGCAGGAGAAACUGGGACAGUAAGCUCAGAUGGGACAUGGGGGUCAGGAGGGGGACGUGGAUGAGGAGGCUGGAUAGCCCAGCAUCAGCAUGAGGACAGAGGAAAAGAACUUAAAUAGGAAGGUUUGCCUAGAGGUGGAGAAACCAAACAAAAUUCAGGUUGUCCUUGAUAGGAAGGCAACUAUAGCUCUGGUUCAUUAAACACUAGCUCAGCAUAGUACAUGGCAUAUAGUAAGAGCUUAGUAAAUGCUUUUUGACUUUUUGAAUAACUGAUGCAUCUGGGUGAGUGUAUUGGCAACCAAAAAUGGGCUCCUUAGCACUUAGUCAACAAGUGCCCUUGACUAGUUUGGCU